GCAGAAUUGAAUCUGUCAACUACUGACUUUCAGAAAGCUCUAAAAGAUUUUACUCCAUUAGCUCUGAGAAAUGUUAACCUUCAUAAACCUAAGGACAUUGGCUGGGACAGGAUCGGUGGCUUAAAAGAUGUGAAGCAGAUACUCAUGGAUACCAUCAUGUUACCUGCAAAGUAUCCAGAAUUGUUCGCAAACCUGCCCAUACGACAGAGAUCAGGAGUCUUGCUGUAUGGAGCACCUGGAACAGGAAAAACACUGUUAGCAGGAGUAGUUGCUCGAGAGAGUGGAAUGAAUUUCAUCAGCAUAAAGGGACCAGAGCUGCUGAGCAAAUAUAUUGGAGCAAGCGAGCAAGCAGUUCGAGAUAUCUUUAACAGAGCUCAGGCAGCUAAGCCUUGUAUUGUUUUUUUUGAUGAGUUUGACUCUAUUGCUCCUCGGCGAGGUCAUGACAACACAGGAGUUACAGACCGAGUAGUUAACCAACUGUUGACUCAGUUAGAUGGCGUGGAAGGCCUACAAGGGGUUUAUGUGCUAGCUGCUACUAGUCGCCCAGAUCUGAUUGACCCUGCUUUGUUAAGGCCAGGUCGACUGGAUAAGUGCCUGUACUGUCCACCUCCUGAUCAGAAUGCACGCUAUGAAAUCUUAAAAGCUCUCAGUCAUUCUCUGUCCUUGGCAAAUGAUGUCGACUUUCAGGAUUUGGCAGCAAAAACAGAACGGUUCACAGGGGCUGACCUAAAAGCUUUAUUGUACAAUGCCCAGUUAGAGGCAAUCCAUACUACUUUAGGUUCAGGUUUAACACAGGAUUUUGGUUCUAGUUCCGAUAGCGACUUCAGUCUCUCUUCCAUGGUUUUUCUAAACCACAGCAGUGGCUCAGAUGAUUCGGCAAUAGAUGGAGAAGCAGGGCUAGACCAAUCUCUUAUUUCUUUAGACAUAUCUGACUUGCUUCCUGAAGAUCCAAAGUCCAACAUGUAUCGUCUUUAUUUUGGAAGCUCUUAUGAAUCAGAGCUGGGAAAUGGAACUCCUUCAGAACUGAGCUCUUCGUGUUUGUCUGGACCAAACUCUAUAAGUCAUGAUUUUACCAGCGUGACUCAGAGAGACACGUCAUCACGACCCUCAAUGCUUAGAACAGCUUCUCAAGAAGACUCCCUGGAAAAUAACCAGGAGCAGCAAACAGAGCACCUGAGGACAGAAAUCAAUGCUAUCAAAGCCAAUUACAGAAGCAAGAAUGGAGAGGACAGCACCCUUAAUCAGUCAGUGCUUGCCAAGAACACUUUAAUUAUUACUCAGUCCCAUCUGAUGACUGCACUUGAGGGUAUAAGACCAUCCAUUAGCCAAGAUGACUGGAAGAAUUUUACUGAACUGUAUGAUAAUUUUCAGAAUCCCAAGAAGAGGAAAGGACAAGUUGGCUCAGCAUUUAGACCAGGACAAAAAAUGACUCUAGCCUAGUAACAAGUAUUUACUUGUAAUUGCUGAACUGUAACUGGAAAUGACAAAUGUGAUUAAAUCAGAUUAUUUAUAUUCAUAGGGAUUGAUUAAUGCAGCAGUUGAAGAUAAGUUUCUUUUAAACUUACAUGCUGUAAAAUUAUGUCACAUUUUAUUUUGAAUAGAAAAUUGUCUUCCUUCAGAUUGAUAUUAAAUUUUUGAGACAACA